AUGGAGUCUUAUUGUAGUUCAUAUUCUUCAUCUAAUAAUUCUCCAUACAUAUCCGAAACCACCAAGAAACUAAAUGGAUCAGUGAAACAUAAUCAAUACCCUUUUCAAUCUAAAUACUCUUGGCUUCACUCAGUAAGAAAGACACCAGUAAAGAAAUCGAAUAAAGCACCGAUAGCCCCAAUGCCACCAACACCUAUCAAAGUAUACAAAAUAGAUCCUAUAAACUUCAAAGAACUUGUUCAAUCCCUCACUUGUGCACCUGAGUUCAUGCCUCCACAGCCUGAUCAUCACAACCUUGAAAGCACAGACACAGACCAUAACAUUUCCCAUAACACAGUUCCUUCUCUCCCAAUACAGUUUUUUUCAAACAGCAGGGUCAAUACUGUGGAAGUGUCCCCUCCGUUGGUGCCAGUGGCAGUGAGUACUCCUAACAACUGGUAUCACUACUUUGAAGCUGAAUAUUUUGAAAACAAGUGUAAGGAUGAUCGGGUAAUGACUCCUGGUUUGUUGGAAAUGAAUCUGCUCUCACCGACAUCUUUUGGUAACUGGUGUUUUGUUCCUCCUAUCAUGAGCCCACCUGUUUAA